AUGUGGUCAAAAUCAUCAGUUAUUUCACUCCUCAUAGCAGGCGGCCACGCAGCCGACCUGACCAACCUCCCAGCCCUCCUCUCCAACAUCUCUGCAAGCAUAUACCCGGACCUCCGCCAAAUCGCCCAAGACGUCUGGAAUCACCCAGAAAUCGGACUCGCAGAGCACUACGCCCACGAUCGAGUCGUUGACUACUACACAAACACCAGGCCGGGCCAAUGGACCGUAACGCCCAGCUCCUUCGGCAUGCCCACCGCCUGGACCCUCGAGUUCGAGAACCGUCCCGCCGGCACGCCUGCGGACGCGGAGCUGCCGACCAUUGGCUUCAUGGCAGAGUACGAUGCCCUGGUGGACAUUCACCAUGCCUGCGGUCACAACCAUAUUCUACUCGUUGCGUUGGCCAUGGCCGAUUUCGCGCGACAGGCGGCCAUUGACCUCGGCAUUCCGGCUCGCCUCAUCGUCCAGGGCACUCCCGAUGAGGAGAACGGCGCUGGAAAACACACUCUGCUAGAAGCUGGCGCUUUUGACAGCUCUCCCAUCUGGCUGUUUGGUCAUCCAGCCAACGCCAACGGCAUCGUGCCUAUGAACGCGCGACUCAAUGUCUACUCCAAGUUCAUCGAGGACACACACGCCGCUGCCGUGAAACGCGCGUAUCAAGGCAUGCUUGCAGUACGGGACAUUGACUCAGCGUCAGGAUGGCCCGGAACUGGCUCUACCGCUACGCCUGUGGAGGAUGUCUUCAACGCGGAAUGCAACGUGGUGCAAGGGGCUAUCGCGUUUGGUCUGGAGGGGCCUUCUCUUUCCGCUGUCCAGAGUUCAGUGACCUCUUUGUUGGCAACCGGAACCUACCCGAGCGUCAACUGUUCCGUCGAGAACGACUUGAACGUCAAGACGGGCGUAAACGUCACCUGUCUGGGGCCCAGCGGCCACGCCUCUGCCGAUACAAACGGCCCCCUGGUCCUCGCCAUCGAGCUCUUCAGGACCUACUCCGCCACUGCCUCCAACACCUUCUUUCUCCCCGGAAACAUGACGUCCAACGAGCUAGACGUCGUUUUCGACCUUCGAACCCGCUGGACCGAAGACCUCGACGCCAUCGCCGCAGCCGUAGAGUCAGCCAUCGCUCCCACAGUCAAAAGCACCUCCACAGACACUCCCUACCCGUCCUUCGAAGUGCCCACCCAGGAUCUCGUCAGCGAAGUCAUCAGACUCGUCAAUCUCCCCGACUACGGAUCCCAAACCGACUGGAUCACCAGCCCCGUGUCGGCAGCCAGCACAGACGCCAGCUGGCCGCAAGGCAACGUCGUCGAUCCGACGACUCACGCGGUGACCAGUGCGGACAGGGUCGUCUUGAUGCCGUUCUGGAACCUAUGUAAGGAGGGCGGGAUUUGUGCGUAUAACCAUGAGGCGGCGUAUGCGGCUGUGGCGAACACGCCGUAUUCGUAUCAGCAGACGGAGGUUAUGGCGAGGGUGAUGGCGCAUUUGACGGUUGAGCUGUUGACUAAUGCGACAAUGUUGGAGAAUGCUUUGUCCAUUACCAAGGCUUGA